CGGAAGUUGUUUGUCUGUCUCUGGCUGGAAGCAGGAGAGCAGCUCCGACUCUUGUAACCUCUCCUGUUUGUUGGACUAAGUCCGCUCCAGCCACUGAGCUCUCCAUCUCCCCAGGUGUGAGUGUCGGUAACGUGUGUGCAUGUGUGUGUGAAUUGAGUGUGAGUGGGGGUGAUGUACUGUGCGUAUCAGGACCGGGAGGAGCUGGAUGAUGAUCUCUAUCAAGAUGAUGAUGAUGGUGACUCUGAGGGGUCAGAGGCCAACAGCGAGCUGGAGUUCCACCUCUACAGCCAGCUCCACUACUCCUCUAAUGCCGAGGUGAUAGAGGAGCAGGAGGACAGAGGGGAGAAGGCUGAGGGCCAGGACAGCCAGCAGCUCCAGGGGCCUGAGAAGACUGCAGAUGUUGCGGAAAAUAAGCCUCCGUCACCUGAUUUGAGCACGUUACUGCAGACCCUGAAGAAGAAGAAGAAGAAGGAAGAGAAACUUGAUAAACAGAAGAAGGGGAAAAGCAAUUUUAAAGGUCAGAGGUCGUCAUCAUCAUUUUUUGAGGAGGUCAUUGUGAUAGACUCCGGCCCUGAAGUCAUCUCCAUCUCUGAGGAUGACACUCCUGAUGACGACGAAGGGGUCUGCGCCUUAAAAGGUGGAGGCUUACAGCGACUGCAGACUUCCACCCCGGCCCAACAGGGUACCAAGAAAAAGAGUCCCAGUGCCCCGGUGACUGUGGCCUCCAGCAGCUCAGAGUCUGAAUCAGAAGAAUCAGAGUCUGAGUCUGACUCAUCUGAUUCUUCUGACUCGGACUGUCUGGAGAACUGGAUGAUCCUGGGUCGAGAGAAGCAGGACGGAGACCAGAGCAUCUCACUCAACCUGGAGGGAGGGUCUGACAGCAGCGCAGAUGCUGAAGAGGAAGAAGAGAGCAGCUGGUUGGUUUCGUCCAAAGACAAGGAGGCUCGGAUCUGUAACAAAGACAAAGGUGCCAGAGUGGCGGCGCAGCGGUUGUCAAACAGAUACUACACCAACAAGAACGUCGAGUGUAGAAACUGCAACAAGACCGGACAUCUCUCCAAGAACUGCCCUGAGCCCGAAAAGUCUCCACCCUGCUUCCUUUGUGGCAACCCAGGCCACCUGUCCAAUGAAUGUCCCAAUAGGCACUGCAACAACUGCGGCCUGCCCGGGCACCUCUAUGAUUCCUGCAGUGAGAGAGCAUACUGGCACAAACAGUGCCAUCGCUGCAGCAUGACGGGGCACUUCUUUGACGCUUGUCCAGAGAUCUGGAGACAGUAUCACAUCACAACUAAGUCAGGUCCUCCUGUAAAGCAGCGGAAAGAAGACCGGGGUCGAAGCCCAGCCUACUGCUACAACUGCUCCAGGAAAGAACACUUUGGCCACGCAUGUAGAUGGAAGAGGAUGUUUAAUGGGACGUAUCCGAGCACCCCGUUCAUCAACCACUAUGAUACUGUCGAUGACAUCAAUCGCAGAGAGUACAGAACACAGUUGAAGGUUGAAGAACUGAAGAGAAAAGGCCUUAUAUCUGCCAGCUCUCAGACCCCUCUCACUCCAGGACCGCCAAAGAAGAAACAGAAAAUCAGCCAUCACAAAAAGAACCACCAGCCCAACCAUACACCUCACCAAAGUCCUAACAACCACAACCACAAACCCAAACCCAAAUCCAGCCAUAUCUUUUUUAAUGACAACCAUGACUUUGGUGCUGCAGCACCCAAAACGAAUAAACACAAUAAGUACAAACAACGGGAAAGCACUGGCAAUGUGAAACCAUGGAAACCCAAGAGACCAGUGCCCACCUCGAAAGACCCCCUCCCAAAAACUAAAUUAAUAUUGGAUGAAGCAGAUGAUUUUCCCAGAGGCGGAGGUAAAGGAGAUAACAUGGUGAAGAAGAAGAAUAGGAUGAAGAAAAGGAAGCGAGAUUCUCUAACAUUACCAGAAGGACAAAGAGAGAGCAGACCAGACCGCCUCUGUUGGACUGUAACUGGAGAGAAGCAGGCAUCGAUGUCAAAGAAAGAGAAAGGAAAGAGGAAAAGGGGAAAUCGAGUCCAGGGGAACGCUGACAAAAAGCUUCCCUCACAGAUGUACCCCACAGAUGAGAACCUGUUUAUCAUCAAACAGAGGAAACGCAAGAGAUAGCAUCAGUUUGUUUGAGGUGUGGGUGGCUGCGAUCUUCAUGACUAGUGCAUACUUACUUAUGUGUACAGGACAUUUAGGGACAUGUCAGACAUUUUGUUGAUUCAGUCCUUGCUGCAAAACAGUUGAAGUUGCCAGUGCUGCUCUAUGGGGAUCAGAGGCCUUUUUCACAGAAGACCUCUUGACCUGUCACAGCAGGAAAAGCACAGGUGUAAAGAAUAAAAUUGAUGAUGGCUGAAUUUAUCUGCUAUAGCUUCAGGGUCCUGGUAUUGUGCAGGUUGACUCACUGUCACAUUGUCAGGGCUUACUGGAGCACUGGUGGUAGCCAUAGCCAGAGGCACUAUGUCUUCGUGUUGUCCUUUCGUCCAUCCCAUUCUUGUGAACAUGAUGUGUCAAGGAGGCCUUAAGGAACUCCUUUUAAAUUUGGCACAAAUGUCCACUUGGACUCAAGUAUGAACUGAAUAGAAUUUGAUUGUCAAAGGUCAAGGUCACUGUGGCCUUGUGUCAGUCUCAUUCUCGUGAAUGCGACAUCUCAAGAAGGCCUAAUGUCAUAACUCAGGAACAGAAGGGGAGACAUUUGGUCAGAUACUUAAUUUGUGACACUAAUCUUAGGUGCCCACCUUGAAACUAUGCUGAUUGUAUAGAUAUUUUUUGCUGCCAGCUUAAAGAUGAGUGUGAAGCUUUCCCAUUUGAGAAUAUGUAGCUUCUUUGCAGCAACAUCCAUGUAUGAAACAUAGUCAGCUGUCAUGGCCACAUAGGAGUCUGGACAGACAUGGAUGUAAACUGUAACUGCAACUUGACUGGUUUGCGAAGGCAUACAAUUGCAAGGUGGAAAUUCUAGUUCAAUUUUGUCAUAAAGCAAAAGUUAGGAAUCCAUGUGGACAUUGGAACAGGUUUUUCUUGCAAAAAUCUGUCCUCCUCUUCAUAGUGGUUCCAAAGUGAGAUUGCUUCUUAAUGCACCCUCAGUGAGUGGUGGACGAAAUUUACAGUCUGUGUUUUGUUCAAAAGUGUAUUCAAAAGUUUAUCUGAAAUUAUUGUGGGGCUUCAGCAGUCUGAGUUAGACAAAUCAAGUGGAUAUCUUCAAAGUUACUCUCUUUUUAGAACUGAAUUUCCUCUUUUGUUAUUAGAAUUUCUCUACUGUCACUGAACAGAAAGACAGUGCCCAGUGAAACUAAAGGAGUGAAAAUUGUACUAAUGAGACAGUAACUUUUGAAUAUAUAAAUAUAAUUUGCCACUCAGACUGCUAAAAAUUGCAGAUUUUGACCCCCAUCACCUACACUGGAAGUACAUUUGGAAAGCACCUUUUAAUUCCAAUAUAAACAGAAUGGAUUAUUAUAAACAGCAGAACCUGUUUUAAUGUUUAUAUCGGCACCUGGUGAUUGUUUAAAGAUAAACCUACAAACUGCAAAGCUAUCAUUUAAUAUAAUUAGUUCCACCUGUGCUUUUUCUACUUUGACAACGUGUCAACAUGUCUGCUUAAAAAAAGGUCUUUUGUGUUUGAUACCACAGUCCGGGCUGCUUUUUCACAUUCUCCAUCAGAGGAUUAUCACCCCCGUUCAGACAGUGGUGUCAUUGUCCCAUCAGUCACUUUUGAUAUAUUUGGACAGUUAAGAGCCCAGUUAAGAGUUCAUACAGUCAGAUCAGUAAUUAUUUAAGGCAAAAAGAAAAUGUAAUAGAUUUGAGUUAUUAACAGACUCCUUUCUUUGAAGUACACCAAGAUAAUUUCAGUGUCUCUGCUCUAAACACAAGUCUUUAGAUUGUUGCCGCUGUUUGCAGUUGGAACCAAAGGAAGGUGAAUGUUUUUUAAAAAAUCCCUUGAAAAAUUCCACUUAUAACUGGAACACUCACUCAUCUGUCAACUAUCUAAAUAUAUGAGCAUACUGUAAAUACCUCUGUCAUGUUUGAUGCAAAUCUGCAGAUAGUCAACUCAACAAUUCUUUUGUGAUUUGGGUACAAUAUAUCACUGACAUGCAGCCCUGACAGUAUUAACUUUUUACUAUCCCCUUUUUAAAUUCAGUUGUACAUGGUCUUAUUUGUUAUGGAUAUGACAUGAUGAAACCUUAGUAACAUAACAUGAAGGAGUAACAGACGGUUGCUUGAUAACAUGAUUACUGACUGGCUGAAUUCACUUGGAUAACAACAACUUGAAUCUGCUUUGUCUAAUUCUGAGUUUAAAGAAACCAGUUGCAUCACUUGUAUGCCUCAUCUAAGACCUAUAUACACUGGUUUAUUUACUCAGUACCUGUUCCAUAAUUAUUCACAUUGCAUUUCUGAUGUAAUUUAUGUAGAUGAAUCAUUAAAAUCAUUUGGCUUUGGUC